UGUGAGAGUUUUCAGUGUCGAGGAGAGAGAGAGAGAGAGGACUCGACUCGACUUGCAAAAAAAACGUGACAAAAAGUCAUAACAAAGGGAUUAGUGUGGGACAUGAGGUUUAUUAUUUCUGGAUGAUGUCAAGAGGGACUGGUGGUGUCGAUCUAGCCAGCUUCAUUAAAUCACAGUUAUUGUACACUGCUUGGGCUGUUAAACGCACGAAAAAUAAUGGCUUUUUUAAUCAGGGAGGAAACAUCGAGUUAAGUAGAUCAGUUGGACACUCGGUGGAGCCCACGGUCAGUUGGAAAUUGCGGUCGAUGCUGAUGGGGGAUCACGAGGGGAUGGACGUCCAGGGGAAGACUGAUUUGUUGAGGAGGAUCCUCUUGUUUAUUGAUCAUAAUUUGGAGGAAAAUGUCGAGAAGGAGCUCCUGUCUCUCUUCACGUCAAUUCUCUCCGCCCGGCAAGACCCCCCAGGCCCUCCCCCGCAGCUCUCCCCGUCGAGUCUAAAAUUCCUCGAAAAAAAUCUCCAUCAUCACGCACCCCUCGUCCACUGGACGAUCGACCAGCUCCUGUGCAUCUGGUCGCCAGUGUUCUCCCCCACAGACUCGUCCCUCCAAGACAUCUACCAGAACGCCCUAAAGGAAAUCCUGAAACCGGCGUCGAUCCACUCAUCGUCGGAAGCCCAGCGCUCCUCCCCCCCAGUGAAGAACCCGAAUUUCGUUAAUGAGGAGCACCUGGGAGUCCUCCUCUGCAUCCUCUCGAGGCUGAAUGUGACAGAGUCCAAGGAGAUGGCCCUGACCGAGUGGCUGAACCCUUCGCUCGUCAAGUCCUGCGCCUUCGAGGACGUCGAGCUCGCCUUCUACUCCAGGAAGGACCCCAAGUACUACAAGACCUGGCACAAGUUCCUGGACGACAUCCUCGCCCGAAGGAGGGCCCCCGACGCCCUGGAGCACGCCCUCAAGAUCACCUACGCCAUCUUCGCCCUGAGGGAGUCCAGCUCCCACCCCUGGGCUGACGAGCUCCUCCUCAGAACCAUAAAGACUAGAAACCACUGGCUGUCAGACAUCCUGAGCAUCUGCCACCUGCUCUCCCUGCACAACCGCCUCGACCUCAUCUCCAAAAUCCUGCAGAGCGAGUCCUUCCCCAGGUUCUGGGUCCUCAUCCUCCUGAAGGUCCUGGUGGAACCCUCAGAGGUCUCGGCAUCGGGACUCAAGUCCCUCCUCUCAAACUCCGAACUUAAGCUCCUGAACAUCGAAAUGUUCGAUCGACUGGAGAAGACUCUCCAGGAUCAGGUGGAGGUCCUGGACUGGAUCUCCAGGAGCUCGAGCUCCUCGACGAAGCCCUCUCCAAGGGCUGUGUUGAACCUCCUCAGGACGUCCUCGAUCCUCUCUGUCCUCAGGGCUUGCGUCGACCUCCACGAGACUGACCACGACGUCAGCCACUUGUUGACGGACUGUCCUGCCUCGAAGACGACCUUCCGAGCCUACUCCGUCAUGCUGCACCACGUCAGGGCGAUACUCCUCUGCGACAACUACAAUUCAGAGUUCGAGAGGGUCUCCGAGUGCUUCAGCCAGAUGGAGAAGCACCUGAAUAGUCUCAAUCCCUUGGCGAUUAGACUGGAAACCAUGGAGAACAUAUUCUCAAUGAUGUUCAUGAGGCACGAAGACUUCUCCGGGGACACGAUUUCCGACUGUGGAGAGGAUGACGAUGAUCCCCUUGACAAAAAAACGUGGGAGAAAGGGAAUCAGACUGGCUUCAUAUGUAACAAAUAUGCGAUUAGAGAGACUGUUCAUUAUCUCAACAGAUGUCUUUUCGUCGCGACGAGUGAUUUAUCGAGGGGUCAGGGGGAUGAAGGGCUUGAGGACAAGGUGUCAGCAAUGAAGAAGUGUCUGACUGAGGCGGUCUGGCGAUUGGAGCUGCUGACGAGCUCGGAAUUUCUCAAAAAACAGGGAUUACCAGAUUCGGGGGAACAGCCUGGGCCAGACGUCGGGGGCAGGGUCAUUAAUCAGGGAUGUCGGGAGAAUUUUUAUCGGACCAAUGAGAGCUCAGAUGAGAAUGAGAAGAGGAGUGAUGUGGAUGCCAGCUCCGAGAGCGGAUCGAUGGGGAAUUGUGGGUUUAAUCAGGGGGGGCGGAGGCGCAGGAGGUGCAGAAAUAAUUGGGGGAGGAGGGGGGGGAGGGAGUGCAGUCUUAAUUAUAUGCUGGCUACCACCGAGACACUGGUCGUCAGGUGUCUCUGGAAGAAUGAUUACGCCGAGGCGCAGAGGGUCAUUGAGACCCUCGGGAUGGAGAGCAGCUCUCUGGCAGGGGAAAUUAUGUUUUCUCGGGCGAUCAAAGGGUUUAGGGAAGACAUCAAGAAACAAAUGAUUUUCGAGACUAAGAGCGAUACUCCGACACGUUCAAAGCAUUCCACAAUCAAUAUAAUCCGUCAGGCAGUGAGAGAGGGUCUCCACUCCUCUCGUAAAACCAGUCAACUCGAGACUUUUCUAGCCUCGCAAGAGCCCAACAUCUCCCUCCUCUGUCACAGCUCCGCAAAUCCCCACCACCUGAUGACCCUCACCUCCCUAGACCUGACCCUGACCUCCUCCCACGACUACCUGACCUCCGAGAACCUAGCAGAAGUCACGAAGAAGCACUUCGAGUCCUCUGAAAAGCUCAGGAACACCCGCUACUUCGAUCUCUUUCAAACGAUCCACCAGCUCCUCCACGAGACGAGGCCCGAGUCCUCAAUCAUCAGGAUUAUCAAUGACGCGAGGUCCCCAUUAUCCGUCAAGGACUAUAAAAAACGUUUUCGGUACUGGUCAGACCUCGAGAACCACCUGAAGCCCCUCGAGGGUACGACAAAGCUCCUCGACCAAAUCGCGAACGUCUCACCAAAUCUCAAAACCGACUUCUCGAACCUCUUAUCCCUCUGCAAUAACGGAGAUCCGUACCUCCACAACCUCGAGGCGCACCUCGAGAUUCUCGCGAGCAUCUCCCCGCAGCCGGAAACCCCCGCGAACCCGUCCCUCUUGAAGAACUCCCUAGACUUCUACAUCGGCUACCAAAUAUUCACUCUGAACGUAGACCUUCAGUUGCUCGAAAAAAUCGCGAACGAUCUCCAGAUCAAUCUCGUCUACAGCAUCCUCGUGAACUGCUGCCCCAAGCUUCCGUAUCACAACCCCACAGAACCGGAAGUAUCCUCCGACAGGUGGGGAAUGCUCGUCCUCAAUCGGUUCAAAGCCCCCUCGCCAAUCCCUGAAAUGCCGACAGAUCCGAAUCAGUGCGUGAUCGACAUCCUGUCAGAACUCCUUGGCCUGAUCAAGGACUUGCAUUCCGACGCGUCAGUCCUAACGCACCCCAUGUUGGUCACCCUCUCGAGGAGUCAGGAAGUCCAAAAAGUCUUGAGAAAGACGGAAGAGCUGUCUUCUGUCGAUCUAAGCCACCUGUCCUUCGGCAACCACACGUUGUCGUUCUUCCUGAAUCUCUGGAAUCUUCUGUUCCUACACUCCGCGAUCAACAUUUGGGGUCACGACCCACCGCAUAACCAUCUCCGACACACGGUCUCACUGCGAACGAUCAGUUACGAGGUGGGGGAUCUCGGGCUCGUGACCAUUUUCAGUCUGAGGUCGAAAUUGCUGGGGACCUUGCCUGCCGACUACGGCCCGUGCUUCGAGUCCCAUGUCGAGGAGUUGAACGAGCCUGCCUGGCAGGACCUCGACCUCCAGCAAGACCCCAGGACCAUCUUCGGGAUGAUCAAUGAGUUCGAGGUGUCACCGGUCCUCAACAUCUACCACCCGGACAGCAUCAAUGAGGACUUGAACGCCGCGGUCCAAGGGUACCUAGACUUCUACACGGAAGGUGCAGGACAAAAAGGCGGACUUUCAGAAGUCUUCCAGAAGAUCCGGGACGACUCCUUCGCAGAUGGCGCUGCUGGGGCUGUCGGAUCGAACUACGUCUACGGCAUUAAGUUGAGAUAUUCGAGAAGUGAUGAGGGAUCGGGUGGGAUUGAGGGGUCCGGCGCUCCGGCGGAUGAUGCCUGGAAGACCCGAGAGAUCUCCCCGAACCUUCUACACUACCUCGAGAACCACUGCUGGCUACUGUGCUACCUAGUCCAGCGGAUCCACGAGAAAUCCCCGUCCUCCAAUUUCGGCAGCCGCAGGACAGCGGUCUUAGAAAGCCUUCUGAACUCGGCCUCAACCGAGAACUUGAAGCUGCUGUUCUCCGGCAAUAAAGCUCUCGCGGGUCUGCAGAACCACCUCCCAGUGAGGCGGCUCUGGGACAUCCUCGAGAGACUUCUUUCAGAGAAAAAGCUGAAGGAGUCCUUGCAGCUUUUGGCGAAUCUCCCUGACGCUUUUCUCCUCAAGACCCUGGAGAUUCAGAAGCUGAAGGACAAGAUUCUCUCUGAAAUGAUCGACAAUGAGGAUCCCAACAGUCCGGAGAUCCUGCAGUACGUCUAUCAGAUCCAGGAUGAGCAGACCUUGACCCAAGUGAUCCUCUCGAAGGUCAAGGUCUGGCCGGUGAGGACCUGCGAGGAGGCCCUCAGGCACGUCCUCCAGCACUCCCACAACAAAAUCCCGUCGCACUGCAGAUCCUACCUCAACGAGAUCCUCUGCAGGGUCAUGGUCUUCGACAAGAUGCUUCCUUACUUCAAGAACCAAGUGGAGAAGUCCGAGCAGAACUGGUACAACGUCGUAUACAGAACCGAAAAGACUGAUCCGACUAAGAUCGUGAAGUCUCUGAUCGAUGCACAGCAGUUCGAACUGUGUUUAGAGUGGCUGGAGUACCAGACAGCAUCCUCAGACAUUCACUCAUUGGUGUCGCAGGACCUCUUCCUGGGGCUCCUGAGCAACAGAGAAGACGACUUCAAGCACGCCCAGAAGCUUCUGAGUGCUCUGCCCCUCGGGCAAUCCCAGAAACUCUGCAAAGGAGUCAUCGAGAAGCUGCAGUCGACGGAAGCCCUGAAGUUCGUCGUCUCCUACCUCUUGGCCAAUUCCGCGGACAAAGAGAAAUACAAGCGAGGAUCACUUGGUGUCGAUCUUCUGGCGAUACUGGACCCCAAGGAUCGAGGGCACUACGUCCACCUGAUCACCGAGCCCCUCCUCCUCCUGGAGCAGCUCCUUAUGAACUGCAAGUUCGAUAACCUCAAGAGGAUUCUGAAGACGCAGACGAGACAGCUGAAAGCCCUGGGCUUCACGAUCGAUAAAUUCGACAAGAUCGUGAGGUUCUACGCGAGAAAGUCCCUGGACCUGAGGGUUGCCACUCAACGGGACCAGUCGGACACGUCUAGGCUGAAGGAUCCACCAGGACAGGCCCCGGACUUCGUCAUGCCGUUGCACGCGCCAACUCGUGAAGAAUGGAUUCCAAAUGACAAGGCCAGGGAGUGCAGCUGCUGCAGGAACGUCAUCUUCUCGAUGUUCAACAGAAGGCACCACUGCAGACGGUGUGGCCGAGUCGUCUGCGGAUCCUGCUCCAACCAGAGGAUGAUGGUGGCCGGCUACGCCAAUUCCGUCAGGGUCCGGAUCUGCAACGACUGCAAGAAACAGACGGCUCAGCUCCAGGCGGUCCCCUCGACCUCCAGCAGCGAGUCCUUCGACUGCUGGAAGCUGACGACUGACGAGGGUCAUAACAAGACGUUGAGAGAGGAAUUCUGCUUUGAGUACGCGCCCAACAUAUCUCUCUGUCUAGCCAUCCUCAAUCUUCAUUCCGAUCACGAGGCCUACGCCAACUUCCUGCAGGAUCGCUGCGACGAGAUGAAGCGACUGCUCUAUCCCGACACGAAAGGACAGAUCAACCGCGAGAUCGAUCACGCCUUGAUCAUCAAGAUGAUCAGGUCGCUGUUGAUCGCGGCCAAGGUCAAGUGUGCGCGGCUGGGGCUGAACACGGGACUGACCCAUUGCGAUCGGUUUCUGUCGCAGGUCGAUCUCAUCGACACGUUGGUGCAGUCGGACUGCUUGUCGCUGCUGCCACGGGACGAUUUGAAUGAGCACACGUUCAGAAGACUGAGGGAUCUCCUGACGGAGAAGGAGCAGUGGAUCCUCGCCUUGGACGUCAGUACGAAAUCGGGGCUGGACACUCAGGGGGUGUGGGCUGCCUGGGGGAAGGCUUGCCUCAAGGUCGGGUACUACGAGCGGGCUAGGGAGAAGUUCGUCCAUUGUCUGGAGAAGGUCAGCCAGGAGGACUUUGACGACUGGGUCCUCCUGCCGCACCCGUCGCCGAAGACCAAUCGAAGUGAACUCAAGGCCAUCAAGAGUCGACCCAGCAAGGACCCUCCGCUGGUCGCGGAGAUCCUCCAGAUCCUGGAGAACUCGAACUCCACUGAGCAGUAUUCGAAGGCUCAGACGACUCACGCCAAGAACUCGACAGCUCAGGAGAUCAUGAACACCCUGGGGAAUCUCAAGGCGAUAUCUCACGGGCAGUACGCCGUGCCGAAGCUCACGUGCAGCAGCAAGAACAUUCGGUAUCAGGAGAGCCUGUACUACCUCCUCAUGUACGGCAGCUGUAACUCGAUUCUGGAGUUCUUCAUCCGUCAUGACGACCUGGACAAGUGUCUGACGUACACCCUGGAGAACGAGGUAGACCCGGAGGUCUUCUUCAACGUGGCCAUCAUCGGUUGCCUCAAGGCCGGGAAGCUCGGGAAACUGUGCGAGACCAUGAGGUCGAGGGACGCGACCCUGAUGACCUGGAAGAGGUACCUCAUCGCGACGUGUCUCUAUCUCGAGCGAAAGCAGCUGAUGAACACUCUCUAUCAGUUUCAACUCUUCAUGAAGGACUACGUGAGGGCUGCCAUGACUUGUAUUAAAUUCUACGUGACGGAUGCCACGACUUACGCCGAUCUGUGCACUAGGACUCAUUUUCUGACGGAGGCGCAGAAGCACCUGGAGUCGGAGCUGCAGGUGGAGAACUUUGGGAAGAAGAGGCGGAAGAGUGUUUCGUCGAGUCUGAGUGGACCCUCGGGGUCGUUGACGAUGGAGAUGGACCCGUCUGAGAUCGAUAAGCAUGUUAACACGAUCUCCAGGCAGAUGGAGAUCGCCAAGUUCCUGGGGAAUUGUGAGAAGGAGGGGAGGAAUGUCAACGAUUACUUGAGCAAGCUGUCGUACAUGGAGUCUGAGGGACUGCAGCCCAGAUCUGUGCCGACUCUCUUCGGCAAUCAGAAGGAGAGGACGCACCUGGCUGUUUUGGCUAUUCUGUGUGGGAGGGACGUCGAGGAGGGGUUUGGCUUUGCCUUCAGGAUCAUGCAGGAUUACUACCUGUCGCCGCAGAAGGUUUACUCUCUUGUUGGACACAUUCUGGCGUUGGACAAGAGGGUGGGGUCCAUUGAGCAGUUGAUAAAGUGCUGCAGGAGCUCAGGUGCACCGAAUUCUCAGGUCAUUUCUGACAGAGUUCUGGCGCACUGUGUCAAACUCCUGUUGGACAAGUCCAAGGCUGAAGCUUCUCCCAGUCCGAAGGAUCAGAUCGACAGUUUGAUCAGGAUUAUCAACGAUGUGGAGAUGAAGAUUGACUCGUAUAUUGAGAGCAAGCAGCUCAAGGCUGCGUAUCUACUGGCUGUUAAGCACUCUAGGGGUCAGGACAUCAGGAAAAUUCUCAGGGAGGCGGAUAGACUGGGCCAGGGGGCUAUCAAAUCGAUCUGCACCAAGUGGCUUCAACAAGCUAAGAAAUAAUCCAGUAAGUCCAUUAAGUCAGUCGUUAUGCAUUUGUUUUAAUCAAAGAUCAGAAGUUACAACGCAUUUCAUUAAUAAUUAACAAGAAUUACGAAAACUGCCGAUUUUUUCACUGAUGAACAUCGAAAUGAUGCUUUUUGAGAUUUCCUUUGUUCGCACUAAAAGGGCGGAAACAUAGUCUGUGAUAUGUAAAACACACACGUGAUAUGUUCGUAUAAAAUAUAUUAUAUAUUUAUGAAAAUUAGGUUUAAUAAUGUAUUGUUUUGCAAAAAAAAUCUCAAUAAAGACGCGCUCGAAAUGGUCUUUUAGUCUAGAUUAUCCUAGGGUUGAACGAAAAAUCAUUGUAGAAAUUGUUAAUCAAGAUGAACAGUAAUCAGUGCAUUGAGCAAUUUCGGUCGUGAUUCCUCCUGAUAAUACAUUAUUUACACAUGGAAUGUGAUUGAUGGAAUGUUCGAUUAAAUUCGAGAGUGAAGCGGACUAGCAGCUCUUGGAUACAAAAAUAGAGAAAAUCAUUUUCUCAGAUCAAAGAUUGCUAAAUUUCUCCUACGAAAAAAAAACUAGCGGCGCGUACGUGGGGCCUAUGGCACAGCCAUAGCUGAUCCGGCGGGACUGGAGUCGCAGUUAUGACUCCUCCGUGACUUUAGCCGGCGAGGGACAGUCUGGGAAGCCGUUCUCCGCCUCGUCCUCGUAAUCGUGACCGUCAAUCAGUCGUCGUUCGUACUUCUCCGCGAACUUGGGGUCGAUGUUCUUGAUGGACGUCAGGAGGGACUCUUUGUCCUGCUGCGACCAGUUCUGGCACCACUCGCGGAAUAAUUUCACUCGGCACUGGAAGAGGCUCGCCGGCCUGGCGCCCUCUUCGUUGCAGUUGAGGGUUUCGAUGCUCGGGACUAGGCCGUUUACGAGGUCACGGGGACCGCAGCAGGUGAUUAGGACACCCAGGAAGUCGCCGCGCUGCAUCUCCGACCACUCCUGGAACCACUCGACUAGGUAACGGAGCUGCGCUUGAUUCGAUAUUGGAUUUGUUGACGACAUUUUUUUAUCUGGAAGGAGAAGGGUUCGAUUUGAUGAUGAUUUUAAGUAGCUGGUUUUCAUAAUGAACUGGCGAUGGGCUUCUCAAUGUCAUUUUGCACGUCAUUCGAGGUGGGCAGUAUCGAAUCAACUACGCGAGGCAACGGUUGCAAACUAGAUGGGGGAGGGU